UGUCAUUGGACAAUAUACGGGUACUUUUUAAAAGAAUUUAACUUCCUUCUUUUUUUUUAAUUUGCGUUGGUAAGGCAAACAUUACAAUCGAUGUUUACAAAUCCUUACCAGACGCGUGCAAUAAAUAAUGGCCACUCCAGAUGAUACCAGCAUUACCGUGGAACCGCCAGAAGACACGGGGUCAAAGCCGACCAGUAACGGGUUCGGUCCGGACCCGGCAGUGGCUAAAUGCCCGGAAUGUGACCAUACCGGAGAGACAGACGUUUUUUACGAGCCAGGAGUAUAUACUUAUGGUUUAUGUCUUCUGUUGCUGUUUAUGGGAUUAUGGCUGGGAUGUUUCGCCAUUCCUUUCUGUGUGCCAAGUGCCAAAGAUUGCGUGCACAAGUGUUCCCAUUGUGGGGCCGAAUUAGGAAGAUUCCGAAGAUAUGAAAAAGAAAUCCGAGAACCAUACACGUGACAACAGUUAAUAAAAUACCAGUUUUUGACAAUGAACAAAGAAGUAACUUGCCAGUUCCCCUUGUGAUAUUUCUGAGACAAAGCCCUUUGCGAGAUAAAGGCAAUAAUUCUCAGUUUUAAACAGACCUUCAUUAUAUGUGCCAUGUAAUUUUGUUUUUUCAUCUGAGUCUUUCAAGUGAUUGUCCUAGUCAGAUUGAAAAAUGUUAAUUAAAAACACAAAACUACAGAUGAGCUGAUUACGCGACUUUUCUGGUAUGGUAUUUAUAUAUAAACUACAUACUGUAUAUGAUAUGAAAGUGCUGUAAUUGCGUGAUUUCACAUCAUCUCUCUCUAUGAUAUCAUAAUCUCAAUCCUACACAGUGUAUACAAGUCUGUGAGUAUAUGAUUUGAUAAGAACAUUUGUACAUGUACAUUUCAUGGGGUUCUUUUUCUUACGAAAACACGGUGAAUUCCAUACUAGACAAUUAUGCCUCAUGAAAUCUAAGUGAAAGUAGCACACAAAUGAAAUUUACAGAGAGCGAAUAUACUUAUUAUGCUUAAUUACACAAAAUUCUAUGCUGCAUGAAUACCAAUGAAAAAUUCCAUGGGUUUCAACGGUGGCCGAACGCGUGAUCGUGACAUUACGUGGAAAUCACGUGGUAAACGAGGACCAAAAAUAACGUAAUCACGCGGGAUGCAUUUGUAUGCUACAAUUAUACAGACUGGCCAGUGUUACAGUGUAUUUGCAAUCAACAAAAAUGUUUUUAUUUACGUCUGUGUACAUGUUUAUGGUAAUGCAUCUAAAUAUUAAUGAUUUCUUUGAAUGCUUUGUAAUAGUGAAUGUCUGUGUGUAAAAGCGUCUUUUAAUAAAAUCAUACUAAUAAACAUUUCAUCCAGCGCACAA